AUGUGGGCUCUGAAAAAGUUGGAUAUUGACUGUGCCGAAGCUGCUAACCUGAGAAUGACACAACUCAAUGAGAUGGAAGAAUUCUGUCUCCAUGCCUAUGAGAGUGCAGCCAUGUAUAAGGAGAGAAUGAAGUUUGUCCAUGAAAAGAAGAUCUUGAAGCGGGAAUUCAAUUCUGGUGACUUGGUCUUACUCUUCAACUCAAGACUCAAGUUAUUUCCAGGCAAACUUAAGUCCAAAUGGUCUGGCCCGUUCAAAGUUGUGAGUGUGUCCCCCUAUGGUGCUAUUGAAUUGGAGUCGGAGGAUGGAACUCGAACUUUCAAAGUGAAUGGUCAACGAGUCAAGCAUUACCUCAGUACCACAGGAAAAAGGCAAUUGAUAGAACAAUUUGCUCUAAAGGAUAGUCCAACUAUAGCCCCCACCACUGAAUAG